ACACUCCCCGGCGGUGUACCUGAAUAACCGGACGAUGUCUCACUCCCUUCCUCCUCCACAUCGAACCGCCUGUGACCGAACAUGUUCUUCCUCCCUCCCGCGGGAAACACCGGAUGUUCGCUUUGUGUUUUCCCCGCGCUCACCUGGUUCUCGUCGGGAGCUCGUUUCCACCGCAGAGCCGAGAGUUAGCUCACGCGGAGUGUAACCGCACCGUCAACGCAACUUCACCUCAUGGAGGAUCGCGGCGGGGGCGCUAAUGGCGCCGGAGCCUCCUCUUCCUCCUCUUCCUCCUCCUGCGAGAUUCCCACCAAACCAAACUCCGAGCUGAGGAAGCUGCUGUGUUUCAAACUGUACAAGAGGAGGUGGUUCGUGCUGCUGGUUCUGUGUCUGUUAAACUGCUCCAACGCCACUAUGUGGCUGACCUUUGCACCAGUAGCAAACCAGUCUGCCCAUUACCUGGGCGUCACUCUGGAAGAUAUCAACUGGUUGUCGCUGGUCUUCAUGGUGGUGGCGAUACCGCUCAGCUUUGGCACCACAUGGAUGCUGGACACGCUCGGGCUGCGGAUCACGUUGAUCCUGGGCUCCUGGCUGAACAUGUUCGGAGCCCUUCUGCGCUUCUUGGGAACGAUACCAGGCCAAGAACAAAAAAAACAGUACCCCCUCGUGAUGGGGGGUCAGACCCUCUGUGCCAUCGCUCAGCCCCUCGUCAUCUUCGCCCCCACCAAGCUGGCAGCCCUCUGGUUCCCUGACCACCAGCGGGCCACCGCGAACAUGAUCGCCUCCAUGUGUGAGUGAUUUUAGUGGGCGUGGCGUUCACACAGUGGUCACUACUCAUACACAUGCAAAAUCAAAUAACUUUAUAAUUUGGUCAUAUUUGUUUGGGGCGUGUCAGUUUGAUCUUAUUGUAAAUUUACUUGUCACCAGGCGAG